AUGGCUGCCAUCAUACCUCAAGGCCUGAAGUCCUAUCACCAACUGGAAAAGCUUGGUGAAGGUGCCUAUGCAACGGUCUUCAAAGGUCGGAACAAUCUGACCAAUGAAUUGGUGGCCCUGAAAGAGAUUCACCUCGACCCGGAAGAAGGGAUCCCGUCCACUACAAUCCGUGAGAUCUCUCUGAUGAAGCAGCUCAAUCACGAGAACAUUCUGGCUCUGUACGAUGUGUUCUACACGGGUGAAAAGCUCAUGAUGGUGUCGGAGUACAUGGACAAGGAUUUGAAGCGCUUUAUGGAUGACCGAGGUGGCGCUCUUGACCUCCUAACUAUCAAGUCAUUUGCACAAGACAUGCUGAAAGGCAUAGCCUACUGUCACGAGAAGAGCGUUUUGCACCGGGAUCUUAAGCCUCAGAAUCUGCUUAUUGGUUGGGAUGGACGUUUGAAGUUGGCGGAUUUCGGCCUCGCUCGCGACUUUGGCAUCCCAGUCGGCACUUUCUCGAACGAUGUGGUCACCCUCUGGUACCGACCUCCGGAUGUGCUAUUGGGGAGCUGCUCUUACAGUACCAGCCUCGAUAUCUGGUCAGCGGGCUGUAUCAUUGCUGAGAUGCACACCGGUCACGCUUUGUUUCCGGGCAACACCGACACCGACCAGCUCCUCAAGAUAUUUCAAGUGAUGGGUACUCCGUCUGAAUAUACUUGGCCAGGCGUCAGUCAGUUGCCAGGAUUCGACCCCCUUUUCCCUAUUUACUCGCCCCUAGAUCUGAGACAGCUGAUGUCCGGGGUCGAGUAUUUAGGGACCAAUCUGCUAGAGCGCAUGCUGCGAUUGCGACCGGAGCUACGAAUCAGCGCCGCUGAUGCGCUACUCCAUCUAUGGUUUCAGAAUUCAUUUUCUCAGGCAGUCCCAUCAAACCCAUCCAUACACCGCGUCUAUACACUUGUCUAG